UCUUCCCUCAGCGGGCCGUCGCCGUCGCGCCCGGAUGACAUCACGCCAUGGCCGCCCCGCUCUGCCGCCGCCAGUAGAGGCCCCGUCGCGCGCGCGCUGCCGCUUCCCGGAACCGCUUCUCCCGCUCCCCCCUCCCCGCCCGGCCAGAAACGAGCAGGCCCACAUGGAUGUUUCUGAAAGCCCAGAGCAAACCCCCCGCUCUCCCAAUGAGAAGGAGGAAGAGGAGGAGGAAGAAGAGCAGCAGCUGUCCGAUGACAAAAUCCUGAAAGAGAGCAGCUCAGAGCCAGAGCAGGACGGAGAGGGAGGGCAGGAUGCCCGUUUGGGAGAAGAGGAGGAAGAAGCGACCAAAGCGUUGAGCCAGGAGGAAGAGGAGGAAGAGGAGGAGAACCACUCCGAGGAAGAGGACCGCUUAAGUGAAGCCAAGUCUCCAGAUUCCGAAAACAACGAACCCAACAGGGAGCCGAAGGGCUCUUUGGGCAUCAAGGAGGAGGAAGAGAGAACAAACGACCUCGGCGACGAAGCCUCCUCCGUCACCCGCGAACUGGAUGAGCACGAGUUGGACUAUGACGAGGAGGUUCCGGAGGAGCCGAGCACCGUCGCUGCCGACGAUGAGACCGACAAGGCCGGGGGAGAGGAGGAGGAAGAGGAGGAGAAGGGAGACGAGGCCCCCGAAGAGGAGAAGAAAUCUGGCGCCAAGAGCGAGGAUGAAAAGGACGGGCAGGAGCCCCCCAAGGAGAAGAAGAAAGAGGAAGGUGACGGAGAAAUUGAUGACGGCGAGAUUGAUGAUGACGACCUAGAGGAGGGAGAGGUGAAGGACCCCAGCGACAGGAAAGUACGGCCGCGUUCCACUUGCCGAUUCUUCGUGAAAGGCCACUGCACUUGGGGCAUGAACUGCAGGUUUAUUCAUCCUGGCGUGAAUGACAAAGGCAACUACUCCUUGAUCUCUAAGCCAGACCCUUUCUCGCCCAACGGCGCCCCACCUAUCGGGCCUGGCCCUCACCCACUGAUGCCAGCCAAUCCUUGGGGAGGGCCGGCUGUGGAGGAAAUAUUGCCGCCGCCAGACCCUCCAACAGAAAGCGCCUGGGAAAGGGGAUUUCGCCACGCUAAAGAGGUUUUGAAAAAGGCCACGAUGAGGAAAGAACAGGAGCCAGACUUUGAAGAGAAACGGUUUACGGUGACCAUUGGGGAAGAUGAGCGCGAGUUCGACAAGGAGAACGAAUUUUUCCGAGACUGGAACUACCGGAUCACUCGAGAUGUGCGGGACUCCACAACGACGACGACGACAACCGAGCCGGACAUCAAAGAGAACACUAACUUCGGGCUCGACCCCUAUGCGGAUCCCUAUUACGACCAAGAUAUAGAACGUUUCUGGCGAGGUGGGCAGUAUGAAAACUUCAGGGUGCAGUACACAGAUCCAGAUCCAUACCGGAACUACAGGCUGAGUAAGGAAAGAGAAAGAGAACGGGAGCGGGAGAACCGGCAGCGUGAACGGGAACGGGAGCGAGAGAGGGAGCGGGAACGAGAACGACGGCAGCGGGAACGAGAGCGAGAAAGGGAGCGGGAACGCGACAAGGAACGCCAGCGAAGGAAAGAGGAAUGGGAGAGAGAGAGGGAACGCAUCAAGAGAGAUGAGAAGGACCGGCAGCACCGGGACCGAGAGAGGGAGCGGGAGAAAGAGAAAGAGAAACCAAAACCGAGAUCUCCGCAGCCCCCAAGUCGCCAGCCUGAGCCACCAAAGAAGGAGAAGGAGACAGCCACGACCACCCCUUCUCAGUCCAAGAGAGCAGACGAGUGGAAGGACCCUUGGCGCCGAUCCAAAUCUCCCAAGAAGAAGCACGGGAUGUCUGCUUCACCCAGCCGGGCCCGCCGGCGCCGGAAAACUUCUGCUUCAACUGGAUCAGCCUCUGGCUCUUCAAGGUCAUCUUCUCACUCCUCCUCCUAUUCCGGCUCUGGUUCUUCGCGAUCCCGAUCCAGGUCCUCGUCGUACAGCUCCUACUCCAGCCGCUCUUCCAGGCACAGCUCCUUCUCAGGCAGUCGGUCCAGGUCGCGGUCCUUCUCAACCUCCCCGUCUCCUUCCCCGACGCCGUCUCCGCAUAAACCUCCUGCCAAACCAAAAGGGGAGCCCGCACUGCCAGCCGGAAAGAGUGAUAAACCCCUGAAGAAAACAGCUGCUCCUCCAGUGCCCCCGCCCAUCGUGAAAACUGCACCAGCUGCACCGGAACCAGCCAAGGCAGGGGAUACCCGGGAAGCAAGACGGAAGGAACGUCAGACGAGGACACCCCCCAGGAGGCGAGCCAUCAGCGUGAGCGGCAGUGGCAGCGGCAGCAGCUACAGCGGUUCCAGCUCCCGCUCGAGAUCUUUGUCUCGGUCUCCCUCUCGAUCUCAUUCCCGGUCCUCAUCAGCUUCCGUGUCCGCAUCUCCUUCUGGCUCCAGGAAAUCCAGUGCCUCUUCCAGUAGCAGCUCGGUACGUAGCGCCGACUCGGAAGACAUGUACGCCGGCCUGCCCAGCCCAGUGUCUUCGGCCAGCUCUCGAUCCCCGAUUCCCGCACAGCAGAAGAAGGAGAGAGCGGGCAAGCUCAAAAAGGAAGGCAGCGGCAACGUCAAGGAGGAGAAACGGAAACGGGACGCGCCCCCGCAGCCCCCCAAGCCAGCCAAGACCCUGCAAGGGGGCAAGUCCCAGCAGCCGCCCCAAACUCAACAGCCCCCACCACCUCAGCUGCAGCUGGCAGGCUUCAGCGCCCACAAAGAGAUCAAGCUCACACUCUUAAACAAGGCAGCUGACAAAGGAAGCAGCCGGAAGAGGUAUGAGCCCUCUGACAAGGACAGGCAGGCCUCUCCCCCGGCUAAGCGGAUCAACCUGUCUCCAGACAGAGGUCCUCGCGACAGGAAGCUCGGCGGCGGAAGGCUGGCCUCACCCAAGCAAGACCGCCAGCGAGGCCCCAAUCCCAAGCCCUCCCCUGCUCAGGCCGACAAGAAGCGUCCGCUGUCUCCCCAGUCCAAGAGCUCCAGCAAAGUCACAAGCAUCCCAGGCAAGGGGGUGGAUCCCGCCCCACCGGCGGCUCCCGCGAAAUCGGGCAAGUCCAGCACAUUAUCCCGGCGGGAGGAACUCCUGAAGCAGCUGAAGGCCGUGGAAGACGCCAUCGCCCGCAAGCGGGCCAAGAUCCCCGGGAAAGCAUAGCCCGCCACCUCGGCUGGCCCCGGAUUAGAAGACUGCUCUCUGUGUUUUUAUAAAUAGCGUACAAGCAGCCACUUCGGAUUCUGCAGUUCUGGGUUCUUUUUUUAUUUUCUUUUGGCUGUGCUCCUUUUUAAAACAUGAAAUUGGGGGCGGCGGGGGGGUGGAACGGAAAAAAGAAGAGAAGUUUGUCAGCUACAACCCCCUUUUCCCUCCCCUGUGGAUCUGAGGCAGCUCCCUCUGGCUUCCUUUCCAACCGGCACCGUGGCAGAGGCAACCGGCCGGUCCUCUUCGUGUUCUCCCCCCCCACCCCACUCGGUCGUCAGGCACAGCAGACUCCGAACAGCAGCCCUGCCCGGUGCCGCAGCCCCCCCCCUCCUCUCUGCUAGCUACGAGCCGUGUCCCUUAGUUAGCUCUGCUGUCUGUGGGAUGUCUUCAGCCAUGCACCUCUGCAUACCAUGAAAGGAGAAAGCUGAAAACCACCAUCGCCUUCUGGAAAUGGACGCCGCCCCCCCCCCCAACAAGUUGUCUUUCUGCCUACCCCACCACCACCUCAUCCUCACCAGGAACUAAAUCGAUUUACAUAGAUCUCCUUGCAACGGAAGUCUGGUUGGAAGAUCCCCCCCUGUGUCUUUUAUUUUAAACAAAAAGAUUGUUUUAGUUGAUUCAAGAAGAAAAGGCAAAGGUCUUGUCAGGAUGCGUGUCUAAUAAGGAGGGCCAUUUUUUUGGAGGGGUUUCACUGAAAAUAAAAUAUUUUGAUAAACA